UCCACCUGACGGAACGGCUACGAUGACGAGCAAUCUUAUAGACGCACACUGGUUUCCCCUGGCGUCGCAGGGUAACAUUUACUCCAUGACGAAGCUGUGCUCGACUAGCAGUCCCAACAAAUUGCUAGUGGCGUCCCUGAAGAGGAAGAUAUACUCCUGCGAGUACCAUCAGACGCCGGAAUUCCUGAGGCCCAUGGUGAAGGAGUUGCUGUUCACGUAUAUUCCCAGUGGCGCGGAAAUUAUUUCCAUCGACGCCUACAACAAAUCCGACACCGGGGACAGUUUCGUGAUAGGUAUAACGAUCAUGAAAACGAGCGCGGACAUGAUAGAGAGAUAUCUGAACAUAUAUACGGAGGGUGCGAUGGACGGCGAAGGAGAUGAGGGUAGCUCGGUCGAAGCCAUAGCCCAGAACUGUCUCAUGGUGGAGCUGUCGUACACUCCUUACCAUCUGUACCAUACCGUUCUACCGCAACAGAACUCCACACAGGAGGUAGUUUGGCUGAUAUCCGGAAGCGAUUACAGGAUUCAUAUGAUAAGGGAGGAUAAAUCGAGCCACGUUUACAGCGAGUCCCCCAUCGAGAAAUAUUUCCCGGAGCUGCACGACAUCCAGGCGAUCGCGCUGUGGAUCAAUAUUUAUUAUUACGACAAUUAUAAGCGGAGGGUCACCGCCGUCGGCUGUGAGUGCGGUCUAGUCAAGGUCGCCAUAGUGAACGUGGCGGAUCUGCAAGUUUCUCGAAGCUGGCUGCUGAGAUACGACAAGCCUGUACCGAGUGUGAUAGUGUUCCCGCAUAGAAACACCGUCAGCAAACCGACCUUCGUAGACGCCGAUUCCGAGGAUUGCGACCCCAAGGACGACGUUCUGAAAUUAAAUGCCGUUAUCUCGAGUACAAGUAACGCCGUUGUCUUCAAAGACAUCCUGCGGCACGGGAUGAAGCAGGACGUGAUAUUGAGCGGCAGCGAAUCGUCGGAUUGUAUUCUGUGCUGCUGUAUAGCCGACAUAAAUAUGGACGGUCAGAACGAGAUCUUGCUCGGUACUUACGGUCAGGAGGUCCUGAUCUUCGCAUUGACAGGCGACACGUGGGAAUUGGCCACCAGAAAACUGUUCGACGCUCCCGUGCAUUCCAUAAGCUACAUGGACAUAACGAACGAUGGAAUAAAGGAGCUGAUUGUACUCACGCAACGAGGUGUACACAUACUACAGCAUAAUAUAGCUGACAUUCGAGCGAAGUGGAAGGAACGUUGCAAACAAUUAUUUGACAUACUAGCUCAGGAAUAACUGUAUAUUUGUAAAAAAAAAGGUAAAAAAUAUUCUAUAUAUUUUAUAUAAUAUAUUUAUGUGAUAUACAUUGUACAUACCAUUUGUAAUUUAUAACAAAAUAACAAAUGUAGUAUAUUCUGUUAAAUUAAUCGAUAGAGAAGAAAAUACAAAGAUUACUACUCUAAA